AGUCAGCCUGGUUUCCAGCUGAGUGCUUGCUCUCUCACAGUGUGUAUGUGUGUGUGUGUGUGUUGUCAUUAUUAUCCACUCUGCUCCCAGCUCAGAAUGGCCAGAUUCACUCAGACUGAAACAAGAAGGCAGCACCAUCCACAGCAGUCCCAGCCCGCUUACUCCAGCCUGGUUUUCACCGGACCGGGGGCACCACCGACCCACCAACCAUUACUACUAAUCCCACAUCAGCACCAGUACCCUCAGAUCACAUUUCCGAAACCCAUGAACGGGUCAGAACCCAUUUCAAUUCAUCCGGAGAGCGGCAACAUGAAAGACCAAGAUGCCAUUAAGCUGUUUAUCGGGCAGAUACCGCGGAACUUGGAGGAAAAAGACCUGAAACCCUUGUUUGAACAGUUUGGGAAAAUCCACGAACUGACAGUUCUCAAGGACCGAUACACCGGAAUGCACAAAGGUUGUGCAUUUCUCACCUACUGCGCCCGUGAGUCAGCCAUCAAGGCCCAGAAUGCCCUCCAUGAACAGAAAACACUGCCAGGGAUGACGCGCCCCAUCCAGGUGAAACCGGCCGACAGCGAGAGCCGUGGAGGUAAAGACAGGAAGCUGUUUGUUGGGAUGCUGAACAAACAACAGACCGAGGAGGAUGUUUACCGUCUCUUCGAACCCUAUGGAGUCAUCGAGGAGUGCACAGUGCUACGGGGUCCUGACGGAAACAGCAAAGGUUGCGCCUUUGUUAAGUUCUCCACACACACUGAAGCUCAGUCUGCAAUUGGCGCCCUGCACGGCAGCCAGACCAUGCCGGGGGCCUCUUCGAGCUUGGUGGUCAAGUUUGCCGACACAGAUAAGGAGCGCACUAUCAGACGCAUGCAGCAGAUGGUGGGGCAGUUUGGCAUCUUUAAUCCAGCCAUCGCCCUCCCCUUCAGCACCUACAGCUCUUACGCACAUGCGCUCAUGCAGCAGCAGGCAGCCAUCAUGGCAGCGACCCACGGAGGUUAUCUCACGCCAAGCGUGGCCUUUCCCGCCACACAGAUCCACCAGAUGGGGGCGCUCAACAUCAACAGCCUUCCGCCCACCCCCAUGACCCCGAUGUCGGGUGAGUUUCAUCAAACCCUGGCAGGCCUCAGUUCUCCGCCAGCCAACAUCACCACCUCCGCUGUUCCCAGCAUCGUCACGCCCAUCGUCAACGGAUUCACCGGCAUCCCCCAUCAGCCCAAUGGACACCCCGCAGUGGAGACUGUGUACACCAACGGCCUGCCGCCCUACUCCACUCAGAGCCCCACUGCCGCUGACACCCUCCAGCAAGCCUUCACUGGUGUACAGCAAUACACAGCCAUCUACCCAGCCACCACGCUGACUCCCAUUGGCCAAACACUGCCCCAACCACCCCAGGUCAUCCAGCAGCAGCAGCAGAGAGAAGGUGAGGGUCCAGAAGGCUGUAACCUGUUCAUCUACCACCUGCCACAAGAGUUUGGAGAUAAUGAACUCAUGCAGAUGUUUUUGCCCUUCGGUACAGUCAUCUCUUCUAAGGUCUUCAUGGACCGGGCAACCAACCAGAGCAAAUGCUUUGGUUUUGUUAGCUUCGACAACCCUGCUAGUGCACAGGCAGCUAUUCAGGCCAUGAACGGCUUUCAGAUCGGGAUGAAGCGGUUGAAAGUCCAGCUAAAGAGACCGAAGGAUGCCAGCCGCCCUUACUGACACAGCCUACCUUCAGUAUUCACUGCAGCAGCACAGGUUUUAGAGGACAUGUAAAGAUAUCUCGGAGGAGUUCAACUUUUUUUUCUGAAAGCAAAUAUGUUUUAAAAAAAACAGCAACAACACGUAAGGGAUUUUGGAGACAUAUCAACAUUUACACGUGAAGAUGUAGGUUAGGGGAGACAAAGGAGAUGUGAAGAACUGGAGGAGGUGCUACAACGGGGGACGUAUACCGGUAACAGAUGGCACGGCGCGAGAACGACGAGGAGAAAGAACACGGGGAGAGAUGCGACGAGACCGAACAACAGAACUUUUUUUCUUGUUAAGACUUGAAUUGUUAAGUAAGCAACAAACUAACAAACAAAAAAGCAGCAACAGUGAAUAGAUUUCUAUAUACAUAUUAUAUACACACAUAUAUAUUUAAGGAAAGAGGCGCUUGUGGCUUUUACUGGACAAAUGAGGGUUAAAACUUGAAGAUAAAACAACAGUGGAGGAAAGAAGCGAUUCUGUGCAUCCACUGACAGACUUUCUUUCUCUUUCCCUCUUUCUCUUACUCUCUCACCGUCUCUCAGCAAGCGCAGAACUAUGACUCUUGGAGGUCACAGGUUUCCAUUAGCAACGGUAGAACUGCAACUCUUUCACCCCAACGGGACCAAAGGACCAAACAUUUUUAUUCUUCUGAACAGUAAUAUAUAUAGUAUUAAUGAUACUAAUACUGCAAACUACUACUAAUAAUAUUACAAGUAAAACUUAAGAAGGAAUACUAGCUUCAGGUUGAAAAAAAAAACAGCAAGGGUUUUUUGAAUUCUUUUCCUUUUACCUUUAUAGCUACUGGGUUUGAGAAUAUUAAAUUGAAGCAGAAAAUGUAUAAAAAAAGAAUAAAGCUGUAACGUUUUAGCAGCGUAGAGGAAAAAAAAACAGCGAUGAGAUAGAUGUUGUUUCGGGCAUGUUCAGAUAUGUAAUUUCUGCCACUUCAUCCCAGAAUUUCAUCUCGGAAGUGUGAUCUGUGUGUGGUAUUGCGUCAUGAGGAGAAGAAAAGGGUCCUGCAGUGCCAAAAGAGACACAAUAGCACCUUUGAAAAGUAAAAAUAAACACAUACAUGAGUGCUGCUCUUCCAUAUUUGAUCACCAAUGCAAAUGAUUUCCCGCCCUAUUAUUAUAAAAUGAUGGCGUCCUCCCCCCCCACUGCCAGGACCCCCACCCCACCCUUCUAGUUUUACCUCCAAGUGCCAGCAUCUCUCUCUUUUAACAGUGACCAUCAGCUGAUGAGGGGCCCCAAAGCUAAACAUAAUUACGAUAAUGAUAGUAUUGAUCAAAUGGAAAGCAGCACCACGGGGAAACAGAUGCACGAUCAAUCCCACAUUGGCAUUUCGAUUGGAUUGACUGAGUGACAGACUUAAUCGUUCUCUUUCGCUGGUUUGACAGGAGCCCUUUUUUUCUGGAUCACGUAAAUCUGACAGCAGAGCAGCUGAGCGUCCUCUUUAAAGGCACUUAAAACGUCUGAAGCUGCAACAAGGUCUGUAUAUAGAGUAUUAGAGUAGAUAGUCCAAGUUCUUCAGUGAAGAGCAGCUGUAUUUUUUAUUAUUUUUCUGAAGGGCAUAAUAGCACACUGAGAGCUUAUGAGCAGCAAGAGGCAGCUUGGCAUUAGUGGCAUUAGGAGGUCAAAUUAGGGGCAAAAUUAUCCAUCAGGCAGCCGGCCUGCAAGUGUGGCUUCAGUAGGGCAACUUACUGUACGCAGUGGUCACACGUGCUGCAAAAAAACCAGGAUUAGUUAACAGAUGUGGAGAGGUUUUCUGCUCCGAGAUGCACAUUCAGAACAUCCGAGAUGAAAUCUUGCUCACGACUUGCUUGUUUUCUACUGAUUCACCUUAUUUUGGCACUUCGUUGGGUUUUUAUUUGAUGUAUAUUUCUAUUUCAAAAUGCCAUCCGUUGAAUUUGUCAGGACCCAGGACUCAUUGAGACUUUAGACACGUCAGUGCUUCAGAUGCAUGUCGCACACACUGAACCAGAGUUUAGAGGAAAAAGAAACAACAUGAUGCCUUUGUGGUUUGGUGCAACACAUGUUUCCUCAUGAUCCUGACGACUGGAACCCUGCUUUUGAUUUUACUUUGGCUCAGCUGCUGGUUUUACUCAAGUGGCUACUGGUUCACCAGAUCAGUAUUUGAAAGAACUGGGCAGAAACCUCAGCACACUCCAGGUCUCAGUGUUAUUCACUGUUUGUUACUCUGUAAACGCAGUAUUUCGAGGUUUUAGAAAGACGUUUAUAGGUAUGCCUUUUCUCAUCAAGAAUUGCCAAAUUAUGCAAUCAUAUCCACUGCAGUUCCUCAUCAAACUUUAAACAUGUGCCAGAUUUUCUUAAAAAUGUAGUCUGCUAACUAUGCUAAUUUUCAGGAUUUGUUUAGCAGAAUGAAAGCUUUGCUUUUGUGAUGCAGCGUAACACUGUAGGAAAAAAAGCUUGAGCUGUAAUAAUAUACAGUAUAGAUUUUCAGUGAAAAGGUUAGGUUUCUUAUAUAUUUGCCAGGAGACAGCUUCUUUCCCUGGGCGAGUAAAUGAGAGUUUCCCUGCUGCUGUCAGGGCGCAGCAGCUUCAGGAAGCUGUGAUAUAUGCCCUCCUUCCUCCGGGCCGUACAGGGCCUUAUAAACCCUGUCAAAGUAUCUGAUGGGGUUUCUACUAGAAAAAGGAUUUUAUUUAAUAAUUAAGAUUAAAUUACAUUUAUCUGUCACAACAGCUUUGAAUUAAGGAUUACAGCUGAAAUAAAAAUGAGUUUGAUCAAUGUUAGAAAGGACAGUUCAGAUCUUUUGAUGUGGGGUUCAGCACAGGGGUAAUGAACAAUUAACAUCUUACCUGUUCUAGAUAAAACUUAGUUGGUCCGCUUGAGAGGAUCUCCAAAAAAGUCAAAGAAAAUGUAAACAUCAUUCUAAAAUAAAAAUAAAAGUAUUUUACUGAUUUUCAGAACAUUGUAAAACAUAACAUUCAUUCAUUCAUUUAUUUAUGCAACGCCUCCCCCGGUCAAGGUAGCCCAAAGCGCUGAACACCACAGUGUAAAACAACGAGCAUCAAAAUAGAGAAUGAUACAUCCGAAUAGUAAAAAUCAAAAAGUGCUUCACAGGAGCUCGUGUUGAGUACCAAAGCAACGGACACCUAAUAAAAGCUUAAUACAGGCAAACACUGCAUUUAUAUAAAAGCUAAAACCAAGAAAGGGCCAGUUGACAGAGUGUCAGUGAAAACAAUCAGACCAGAAGCCUAAAGGUUGGUUCAUGCUUGACGCGUCCGCGAGGUCCGCACGGCGAAAUUGCGUCAUUUUAACACGGCCCAAAAUUUCCGCAAUGCGCACCUAGGAAUAUUUCUAACCACACGGACGGUCGGACGCGGAAAAACAUGGCGGACCGGCAAGAACUAGUAUGGCAGAGGUUCAUAAAUACAGACAUUUGUAUGAUUCAGUUCUCAGAGAUCACCGUGAUCAACAUGUUGUUAAUAAUUCUUGGAGAGAAAUAGCUCGCACUGUCGGAAAAGACGAGGACGCUGUUAAAAAUGCUGGAAUGCCAUGUUGUAAACAGUCAUUUCUACUUCUACUAUGGUGUAGUGUUGGAUGCGUGCCGUAGAGCUCCAUGCUGCCCCCUACAGUUUGGGAGAAUAUUGGCUCACCGCAGAGACGAGCCGCAUGAACCAUAAACGCUGCGAGUUGUGAAGCGUGUUCCAGCCGCGAGCCGCAUCACCAAGCGGAAAGUGAAUGUGUCAAGCAUUAACCAAGCUUAACGGGCUGUUGUGAGUCUGUAGUGUAGCACAGUUGUUUGAUUGGUGUCCCCGCCCCCGGCUGGCUUUGAGAAGCUGUUAGCGUAUCAAUUUAGUCUGAGCUAAUGUGUUUAUUCACAGGUAUGUGCAAAGACAAUAUUGUUCAUAACCGUUGUACAAGAACCCACUUCAGAGGGGCUGAACUACCACUUAAGGUAAUAAUAAUAAUAAUAAUAAUAAUAAUAAUAAUAAUAGUAAUAAUAAUAAUAAUAACACAUUUUGGCCACAUAAAACCAUAGAUGGAUGUAAGGUUCAGAAAGAGGAGGUUGAAUUUGUUAAACAUCUUGAAUGGCAUAAAAAGGGAACUGGCAGCACUAUUUUCUGUAUUAUUCAAGUUGAGUUGCAUGUGUUGGAGCUAAAAUUUAUCUUUUUUCAUAGUUUUAUCUCUCUUGCAUCCAUUUAAAUCAUUUCUUCUUUUAAUCUUUAUCAUGUUACCAUGGUGCCCUUUUAAUCUCUGAGCAUGCUCAACAGGGGGACCGAGAGGGCUGAAGAUUAUGAAUCUGGUAUUGCUCGUAUUAACAAUAUGAUUCUUUAACUGUUGUUUGAAUGCUAAGGAUAGUAGCUUAUUAUAAAUAUGAAAUCUUGUAUAUUGUGAAAAAGCAGCACAGGACCUUUCUUUGUAUAGGUUAGGGGUCUGAAAUGGGAGGGGAGGGCGGAGGGUCUCGCUUUAUAAAGAUGUUAACUUUCUGGUUUCUCAGCACAAAAGCAUACAAAAGGGGAUAGGAGCAGCAGUAUUGUGUCUCUGCUGAAAUACAGGGCGCAAAAAGAGGAAUCUCAGAACUAAUCUUUAAUUAAACUUGGAGGAGAAAAAGCUGUUUACAGGUAAAACUCUUACUUUUUCCUUGGUCUUCUUUUCUUUUUCAUUUAUUUUUUCUUUUCGAAGACAAUGUCACCUUUUUUUGUGGCAGUGUCAGUACAGCAUGGAGUAACAGAUGGGGGGGAAGCUGUAUCUUUUUUAUACAUAACAACAGUUAUGGUCAUAAUAAUAAUAGUACUGAUGCUGAUGAUGAUGAUGACAAAAUUAAAAAGACAUUUCUGUAUUAACCUUAGAAACCCAACUUUUUCCCCCGUUGACAUUUCUUAAUAGUUGCUGCUUAGAUAAACGCAUCUUAAUAACUGAUUAUUUGAUAAUUUUAUAGAUAAUGUAUAUUUAUUUAUUUAUUUAUUUAUUUAUUUAUUCAUUCAUUUAUUUAUUUAUUUAUUUAUAAUUAGAAUUUUUUGUUCCGAUUAUGGUAAGAUGAAGAAAUGUGUCAAAAAGAAAACUGGUUCUUGGGACUUUUCUCUUGUUCUCUCCUUUUUUUCCAAUUUUGCAAUAAAAAUUCAAACUGGA